CAACAGUUCAUUGAUAACAUAGUUAUGGACAUUCGGAACGAGAUGAAUCACGUUUUCAAUAUUAAGUUGACCAAAUUUAUAGGUCUAUACCAAAUGUUGGAUCCCGGAUCCUUAAAAUAUCGGGGUCGUAACGUCUAUCACAUUAGCGCUGCAUGCAUUUUGCUGUUCAUGUGUCUCAAUUCGGUGCUGUUGAACGUCAGUGGUCUGUACUAUUGGACGGACAAUAUGUCUAUCAGCGUAGACUGUUUUUGGAAAGCGGAAAUAUUGGUGUACUUGGUCUACAAGAUGUGGAUUGUCGUCCACCACUCGAACGACAUAUGGGACUGUUUGUCGAUCACGCGGUAUGAUUUUACAUCUUUCAGCCUCCGGAACAGACAUAUACUGGAUCGUUGGCGAGGACGUUCGGUGUGGUUAACCACCAUGUGUGCCAUCCUAUAUUCAGGUUUUUCGGCCAUUUACUUGGGCAGUACCCUGGCAUUCCGCAACAAUAUAUUACCGAUCAAAAAUCACGACGGAUCGGUUGGCUUUUACCGCCAGAAUGUCAUGAAUUUAUAUUUAUUCGUAUCUGACGAAACGUACAACGCAAACUAUAAUACGUUUUACAUUGUCGAGGCGUUGUACCUCGCCAUGAUGAUAAUAUCAUUCAUCAUAUUCGAUAUUGUUCUAAUUACACUGUGCAUUGCUUUAUGCUGUCAGAUGCAAAUGAUUUGCUCUGCGUUCAAAUCGGUCGGACAUAAAUCACUUUGUGACUCUCAUUCCUCGAUUGAUUACACAGAUGAAAAAAAUAAGAAACGAAAUAAACUCGAUUUAGUAUAUGUUGAACUAAAAACAAUCAUAAUGGAUCAUCAAGCAGUAAUGGAGAAAUAUGAACAUUUUUUAGCUCUGUUUCGACGAGUAAUGUUGUUACAAAUUUUCAUAUCGUCAUUUUCGGUCAUCGCGCUUUGGUUUCUUUUCAUAAUGAGUUUCUCCAGCGAUGAUAAAUUUAAGGAUAUGGAUGUUGAAUUAAAAAAAAUGAUUUGCCCAAUUAUUGCAAUAUUGUUUGAAAUAUACAUAGUGUGUUAUUUAUUUGGCCACUUACACAAUCAAAAAGAUUCAAUAAUAUUCGCAUUGUACAGCAGUAAUUGGACCGAAAUGGAUUUGAAGUGUAAAAAAUUGAUAUUAUUAACAAUGAAAAUGAAUAAUGCGAACCAAAAAAAGUUAAAAUUUACUAGAACAAAAAUUGUUAACCUUGAAAUGUUUUAUAAAAUAAUGGGUAAUUGCUACACAGUUGUUUCAAUUUUGGUAAAUUAUGUAUAA